AUGCAAUUCAAGACCAUCGUCGCUGCCUUCGCCACUGUUGCCGCUGUUCAAGCUGCUAACGUUUCUACCAACGGUUCUACCAACGGUUCUAACCAAUCUAACACCACCAGCACCAAGAUCUCUACUGGUGCUGCUGCUUCCAACGCUUUGGGUGCUGGUGUCUUCGGUGCUGCCGUCGCUGCCGGUGUCGCUUUCUUAUUCUAA